AGGAAGAACUAAUAUGAGUUACUUCAUUCUCUCAGCCUUUGGUCGCUGUAGAGUCGUUAAUAAACACAAUUUAGAAAAAUGUUUGCACCAGUUGCAGUCGAGACUUUAUUAUGGAAAAAGCGAGAGUCACAGGAACAAUCACGCGAAUGGAAAAGAACGAAUUCCGAGGAGAAAAGUUUUAAAGGCUCGGAUUUUACGCGAUUUUCAGCAAACGAAGGAGAGGGUGGAGCUUUAUAUCGAAAGGGAAAAUAUCUGGACAAUCCCAAAUUUACUCUGCAUCACUCGGAUCGUAACUUCUCCAUAUCUCAGCUAUUUGAUUGUCUCGCACGAUUAUAAGGUGGCGCUGUGGCUCCUGGGGUUCGCAGGCCUCAGCGAUAUGGCCGAUGGAUGGAUCGCCCGUACCUGGACAUCUCAGGCUUCAAAACUCGGCAGCGUUCUGGACCCGGUUGCCGACAAACUCCUAGUUGGAACGCUUUUUCUCUCUUUGACCUGGGUCGAUUUGAUUCCAGUUCCUCUCACAAUUCUCGUCAUCGCCAGGGACGUCAUUCUAAUUUCCUGUGCGUCUUUCAUUCGCUAUCGCAGUCUUCCUCCUCCGAAAACUGUGUCAAGAUAUUUCGACCCGACACAUGCAACUGUUCAAAUUAAACCUCAUUGGUUGAGUAAACUGAACACUGGAGUACAACUCGCCCUGGUUGCUGGAACCCUGGCAGCUCCUGUUUUUCACUACAUCGAUCAUCCUGUAUUAAAAGGGCUUUGUUAUUUGACCGCUUUCACGACAGUUUCCGGGGGUCUAAGCUAUCUUUUUUCCAAAAGCGGAUAUCAGAUCCUCAAAAAAAAAGCAGCGCGGAAUUCUUCGCCAUAAUACGCCAAAUGAGUAACACUAUUUUGCAAAUAAUCAUGCAUUCAUGUAUUACCUAGAAAGACUUCACUAUUUUUAAAACGUGUACAGAACCCUAGUAAUUGUAUUAUUGUAUAUAAACUUUCCUUGAGCGAUA